UAUUGUGAUUGAAUUUGAAGAAGAAAUUUUCGUUUUUUCCUUGUGGGCAGUGUUAGGGGGUUGGUUGGUUCAGCUGAUUGAAGGGUUAAAAACGAUGUCGCAUCGAUUGGUGAAGAAGGUUCUGAAUCAGCAACUCCAUUUUCCCCAACAAGAAGAGAUUCACCUCAAACCCCAAGAAGACGACGACGACGAAGAGGAUGAACAAAACGAUGAUGAUUCUGCGAAUCGUUCUUCAAUUAACCCUUUCGACCUUCUCAAUGACCAAGACUCUGACCCCGCCGAAGAACAAGACCAGGGAGAUGAGUUAAAAUCCACCAAUGAAACUGUGGUGAGAUAUGAUAAUAAAGAAGAGUCAUCUUCGAAGAAAGAUACCUCAUCAAAAUCAAAGAAAAAGAAGAAGAAGAAAAACAAGGAUAGUUCUGUUGCCAAUAAAGGAGGAUCCGAAAAGGAAUUGGACUUGAUUUUGGAAAAUUUGUCACUGGAUGUCAACUCUUCGAGUGAGCAGAAUGUCUCUACCAGAGCUAAAGCAGUGAAUGCCAAGGAACAAAAUAAGUCUGUCAAACAGAAUGCGAUCUCCGUAUUACAGGUGGAUCCUAAGUAUUUGAAUGCCGAAAAUGAACUGAAAAGAAUAUUUGGAUCUAAGGUUGUGAAAUCAUUCGAGAGUAGUAGUAGUAGUAAUAUUCAAGCUAGCAGUUCUAGGCAGAUGCGUGGAGUUAGGCGUGGACACUACAAUCUUAGAAAGACUGUUCUGGUCACUCCAGCAGGCCAUUGGCCCCGGUGGGAUGGUUCUUUCUCCAUGGAAUUUCUCGAAACAAAGAACGGAUAUAACUACUUUAAAUAUGUACACUCGUCGUCCUACUCCCAAGCUCAAGGCGCAUUUGAAGCUUCCAAAGCAAUAAAUGACUUAAAUGCUCUAGCUAGUGUAUUGUUGUACCAUCCAUAUCAUCUAGAUUCGCUUCUAACAAUGGCAGAGUAUUUCAAGGUAGUGGGAGAGCAACAGAUGUCUGCAGAUGCUAUUGCCAAGUGUCUAUAUGCCCUUGAAUGUGCAUGGCAUCCCAUGUUCACUCCAUUGCAGGGUAAUUGCCAACUGAAGUUUGGUCAUGACACGAACAAGCCCAUGUUCACAGCUCUUUUCACUCACAUGAAAAAUUUGGACAGGCGUGGUUGCCAUAGAUCUGCUUUAGAGGUCUGUAAAUUGUUGCUUUCUCUGGAUUCUGAUGAUCCAAUGGGGGCUAUUUUCUGCAUCGACUACUUUGCUUUAAGGGCUGAGGAGUAUGCAUGGCUGGAAAAGUUUUCUGAAGAUUACAAAAGUGAUAACUCCAUUUGGUUGUUUCCAAAUAUCUCUUUUUCCCUUGCCAUUUGUCGGUUUUACCUUGAGCGCGAGGCUGCCUCCAAUGAUGCUAGUGUAGGUUCUGAGAAGUCGUCUUCGUCUGAUCUCAUGAAACAAGCAUUGAUGCUCCACCCUUCGGUCAUAAAGAAGCUUGUCGCCAAAGUACCCUUGAAAGAUCGCAUUUGGACAGAUAUUCUCAAGCAUGCGUUUUUCCGAUCAGAUCAAACAGGCAUUCAAUCUCAAGACCACUUAAUUAAUAUUUAUGUUGAGAGAAAUUAUCUUAUUUGGAGGCUUCCUGAUCUACAAAAAUUGUUAAGUGAUGCUGCACUACAAGUGGUUAAGACCAUAGAAAAUAAUCAAAGUGAAGUUAAGGAUUGGGCUUGUGUCAGAAAAGAAGCUUUCUCAUCCGAGAAAAACGAGUAUGGACAUCUGUUGGUAUCUGAUUUCUCGGACUCGGUUGCGUCCAUUCCGCAAGAGAAUCUGCAACAUUUCAUUGGUGGUCCAAGGAUGAUGAGGGAGGGGGGUCCAAUACAGGAUGAGAACCAAUUUGCUAAUUUGCAAGGCAAUGGCCAUGCGCCUCGGCCGGUCGCAAAUAGGAAUGCAUUGGCUGUCUUGUUUGAGUCAAUGCUACCAUGGGUUACUUAUGAGGAUGGUGGACCGGAACCCGAACAUGAUGGUGAUAAUCAGCACAAUGAUCAUCAAGGGCAAGAAAAUCAAUGAACUUUUGGAUGCAACUCAACCUUGUUGCUCUAAAAGCCUUCUUUGGGGGAGUGUUGAACUAUGAUGAGAUGUUCUUCUUGUAUAGAGAGAUUACUUAGGGAGCUUGAUACUCUUAGAGGCCUAUAAAAUUUGACAUACUUUGUAGUGUCUAAUUUUAGGGAUAUUGAUAUCAAAUUUUGUACUAUUUUCAUUAUGAAUUUUUGGAAAUGCUUUUGAUGUAAACCUUUCAAUACUAUCACAGAAUCUUCUUAUAUUAUUACAAGAGUUCAACUCUGAUAACUAUUACUCCUAGUAA